AUGACGGAAGACGCAAAUGACGACACCAAGGAUGACGUCUAUACUGCCCUUACAGCAACCCUCAACAAGCUACGGCAAGGUGACAUUAACAUCCUCAUGGGUGACUUCAAUGCAAAAAUUGGCCCUAACAACACCGGACUAAGAUCUGUCAUGGCUCAGCAUGGAACUGGGACUCGCAACGAUAACGGAGAGAGAUUAGUGGAACUCUGCCAGCUAUUCCAACUGGUCAUCGGCGGCACAAUAUUCCCACACAAAGAUGUCCACAAAUACUCCUGGACAUCUCCAAGUGGUAAUACGCGCAACCAGAUCGACCACAUAUGCAUUAGCAGGAAAUGGAGACACUCGCUACUGGACGUACGGAACAAAAGGGGAGCAGCCGUAGACAGUGACCAUGAGUUGUUCAUUGGAGAACUUUCAAUAAAGCUCAACCGCAACCACUCAAGGAACACUGGCAACAGUCAACACCGGCGAGCACCCCCUCUCAACCUGCACCUCCUUAGUGACUCUACUCUGAAGACGAGAAUGACGUCCACGCUGCGAGAACAGCUGAUCCCCCUAGAAGACCACCCAUGGGAGCACACCUGCAGGCAACUAAGGACCACGGCGGAGGAAAUACUCGGCCUGAAACAACGCGGAAGAUCGGAAUGGAUAUCUGAAGGGACCUGGGACCUGAUUAGAAAGAGGAACCACCUGAAGCCUCUGCCGGACCAGCUCACACAGUACCGUGAGGAGUAUCACGGACUAUGCAGAGCGGUGAAAAGGUCGGCCAGAAAGAACAAAAGAGCACAGCUGGAUAGACUUGCAGCAGACGCAGAACGAGCAGCCGGCGAUAACAACAUGCGCUCGCUAUAG